AACUCUCCAAACUCCAACAAACCCUAAUCACUUCUCAGUCUUCUUACCUAUCUUACAGUUUCUUCCUUAAAACCCCUAGUUGAGUACAAUUUUACACAACCUAAAACCCAAAAAAUGAGGAACAGAGAUGACUACAGAUUUCUCAGAUUGGCUGACGCCAUGACUGCUUUGAAUCAGAAAGUUAACCUAAUCGGCAUUAUUGCCGAGUAUGGUACUCCUACUCGAAGCAGAGGAACAGAUUGGUUUUGUUCAUUGAGAAUUGUGGAUGAGUCACAUAAUGUCCGUGGACUUUUAGUUAAUAUCUUUGCUGAAACUCAAGAGAAGCUUCCUCAGGUUAAGGCAUCGGGAGAUAUCAUCCAACUUUCCCAAGUUUUGAUGAAAACUCAUAAUAAGGAAACCUAUGCCCUUUUCAACAAAAAAUUCUCUUCAUUUGCGCUCUACGAAGGGAAAAAUGGUGAAAACUAUAAUCCCUAUCAAGUCUCAUCUAUGUUUCGGCCAAGAAACCAAGACACGACGUUUGUGGAUGGAUUAAGAAAAUGGGUAGACAGUUUCCAGCUUGAUUCAGUAUCAGAAGAAUCUGUGCUGUUGAGGCAAAUUAAGGAAGGACAAUGUUAUGAUCUGGUUUGCAAGGUUCUGCACGUGUCUCAAGUUGAUCAAGAGGAGUGGAUGCUGUUUGUUUGGGAUGGAAGUGAUGCUCCCAUACCUCAACUUCUAUCUAAGCUACACACAGAAAAGGAAAAUCCACUUCCACUGCAAUUGGAACCUCAGCCUUUGGCCAGGGAAACCUUGUGUAAAUUUCCGACUAUAGGAACUAUAUUGAGAGUUUCUGUUGACCAAAAAAAUGUCAAGCUCAAUAUAUCUUCAGUUAGUGCUGGUAGAUGGGUAAAAUUUAUCAACCUAAUGUUUAAAGUACAUGAAGGUUUGUGGUAUGGUGUACUAACUUCAUCAACAAAAGUCCGUUUCUUACCAAAUGAAGACCUUGUGAUAUUAGAGAGGCAAAGGGAUUAUGAAAAGAGGUUAUCCUCUAAGUUGGACCGGAUGCCAUUUACAAGCUUUCCUUGGCCGUGUCGUAUUACAGAAGUUGAUGAUAAAGUUGAAGAUGUACCUCUUGUCACCCUAAUGGACAUUAUGACGUAUCCACAGGUGGCCGGAAAAUAUAAAUGUAUUGUUCGGGUUGUAGCAGCACUUCCGUGGACAAUUGAGGACUUUCGCUCUCCAGAUGGAACCUAUCGGAUCCGGCUUACUUUAGAGGACCCAACUGGAAGAAUUCAUGCCUAUUUAUAUGCUGAAGAUGGGGAAGUAUUUUUUGAAGGUAAUCCGCCAAUGGAUGCAUUGAUUCGGAAGUGGAAUACAUUACUUGGAGUUGCUGAAGUUGAUAGUGGUGGUGUAAUAGAGAAUGCUCCAAGAAAUCCUCCAUGGGUUCUUUGCUGUAUCAAAUCAUAUUAUGCUGACAAAAAUGAUGUCUGGGGAAGUAGGAAGUACCGAAUCUUCGAUACAAAGCUCGUAUGCUGAAGGUGAACCUUCAAUUUUGUAGUGUUGCUUUUGUCUACGGGUUCUGACUUAUCCUAAGUCCAGCUAAUCUGAUAAUUGUAAAUUUUGUACAUAGUGUAUGUAAAAUGGCGAAGCCCACAACAUUGGCAUCCAAAUACAUGACAAAAUCUGGUGUAAACUAAUUUGCGUUGGACUAAUGUUCAUAUGAUCAUUCCGAAGGUGAAUGAAGGAUUCCCUCACUUUGAUCCA